GAUUUAAAUUGCUAAGUGUUUGAAUGAUGGCCCAUCAGGUCAAUACUAAGGAUGUAAAUGGGCUGGAUUAUUUGGCAUAUGCAGCAUCUGGUUCAAUGUGUGAAGGUUCUCAGUGUCAACCAGCUUCUGCAGGCAUUUCCUACUCGAUGGCAAUGGGUGAUGUUUCUUACGGUCGUCUGCAAUCUGUAGUUCCUGUGAGAAACAAUUCUGAUGGCUCGCAUCCAGCACAUCGCGUGGUACAGCUUAGAAAUAUGGCUCCUAGCUUAGGCGUGGCUGCAACUCAAGGAGAAAAUGCAAGUUAUUCAAAUGCUGAAGCUUGUCACUCGAUGACACCAGGAUUUCAGCAAGCGGAAUCCUCUCCGAUAUCUUCUCAUAUGAAAAGUAGUCAGUUGCAGCAACCGCUGUUAAUUUUAGCACCACUAACUGAGCUAUCACAGUCGUCCGCGUUCCCUGCAAACAAUAAAUCAUGCCACAACUCAACAGCAGUCGGUGAUGCGAACUCGCUGGGACACAAGAUGAUUGGAGGUGCCAAUUUGUUCCAAGAAGUUUCUAAUCCGCCAGCUCGUAGCAUUAAGACUGACGCGAAGUCAUUUGUGAACAUGCCUCAACAAUUUAGCCAUCCUGUUUUAGUGCCAUACACAAUUUCGAACUCAAUUGAUGGUCAAAUAUCGCAAAUUAAUUGGUCUCCCUCUUCUAACUCUCAACAAAUGAUUACUCAAGGCGUCGUAUUUCCACAUUACCAAAUAGCGAACAUGUCAGCCCAGGCUGGCUUGCUAUCUUCAGAGUCUGUGUUUACCACAAAAGAACUUGUCUCUCCCGGGCAGAUAUUCUCUAUUUUACCGAAGACUAACGUGAUUCAAAUUCACUCCCUACCACACGCUUCAUCUAAUAAUAUAGAUGAACCGGCGGGUAUUGAAGUGAACGAUGAAGGCACUAACAGCAAUUAUAAUUGUUCAUCGUCUUAUCCGUAUGCCGGUAAUGUUUUUGCUUAUUCCUCACAAAACAAAUCGGAAGAUGAUGGUGGUCAAAUCAUACUCCCCAGUUUCCCAACUGAGGUUUGUGGCGAACCUGUUGAUUCUGUUGUUGUUUACUCGCCACACAGUCAACCCACCGGAAAGGGAAUAAGCAUCAAUACGUCCAGAAAUAACCAAGUUAUUGUUAACUCUAGCGCCCCAUCUGUAACUAGCACUGAAAUUGAAUUAGUUCACGGAGUCAUGUCCUCACCUCAAAUUUCCAACACGUUUCCACUAACUUCUUCCGUGGUACAAACAAUUCAAGGGAAAAACAUUUUUUGCAAUGGGCCUUUACAGCCACGGAUUGUGGAAGAUACAGAGGUGGCGUGUGAUCGUAUCGUUGUUGAUGUGCAAGGUUCUCCGCUUAUUCUUGGUCUACCUUCCUCUUCUGUUCGUACCGAAACAUCUAUACCGGUUUCUAACAGUGUUGUGAACCGUCCUUUGAUGGCGAAGCCAAAACUUGCACCUGCCAUCAACUGCCCUAUUAUUAGUAGUAACGUGCUCAACAAUACUUCUACUGGUGACGAGCAGAUGACUUCAUCAACUUCAGAAAUGACGACUAAUAAUUCAACUAAAUCGGGCCAAACUUCAUACACCUGUCCGGGUUGUACGAUGGUUUUCACUAAUCUAUAUUUUUAUAAGCGUCACUUGAAAACUCAUGGGUCUGAAAAAAGAGGUUCACUCAACAUGAAGUCAAAAAUAGAAAUUAUCAAGCGUUCAAAAGCUGGAGAAAGAUUGACUGAUCUCGCACUCGAGUACAAUGCUGGCAAAUCAACUUUACUUACCAUAAUAAAAAAUUCCGAAAAGUAUUUGCAACUGGAAGAGGGUGGUAAACUGUCUGCCGAUCGCAAGAGAUUACGAAAAGCUGUUAGAGAAGAUGUCGAGGAAGCUGUCUAUAUGUGGUACCAACAAGGAAUGAAAAUGAACACACCGAUUACUGGGCCCAAAUUAUGCAAGAAAGCUAAAGAUUUCGCUCUCAAACUUGGUCACAAGGACUUCAAAGCAUCGAACGGCUGGUUGGACAGAUUUAAACACCGAAAAGGUCUACAGCUGCAUCGUAAUGUUAAACCUAUCAAAACCUCAGUUGCAGGCUACGAUCUGCCUGAUUUGGAUAACAAUCCUCAGAAUUUCAAUACUGUUACUUUACCUACGUUGCUCAUGGAAUACGAAGCCAGAGACAUAUUUUUUGCCGAUGAAUUUGGCUUAUUUUUUUCGGCACUCCCUGAUGAUUGUGUUGAUACAAGUCUUGUGAGAUGCUGCAACGGAGGCUUAAGCUCUAAACGUCUCACAGUCCUCGCUUGCUGCAACAUGAAUGGUUCUGAAAAGCUUCCUCUUGUGGUCUUGGGCCGUUAUAAAGUGCCUAAUACUAACGAACUGCUUAGUAAGUUCCCCAUACAGUAUUAUUUCAACUCUAAGUCUUGGAUGACUGCAAACUGUUUCAAAACUUGGCUAAUAAACACAGACAAUUGGUUUAAUGAAACUAAACGUAAAGUGUUGCUUCUCGUCUCCUCUUCGCCUGUACAUCCCACAGACAUUGGGCUAAAUGCCAUCAAAAUAGUUAGCGCUCCCCUCAUCUUCAAGGGGCCUAUGAAGUUGGGUAUUAAUAAAUGUGUGAAGCAACAGUACCGGCGAUCAGUAAUUGAACUUGUGUUGGACAUACUCUCGUCUCGAAAAUCUGAUCCUGGUUAUCCGAAAACUUCGAAGGUUUCCUUGGUGCAAGCUCUUCAUUUCCUUGCAAGAGCAUGGCAAAAUGUUAGUACGACAGCGAUUUGCAAUGGAUUUCUUCGUGCGGGUUUCUCUAAGUAUGGACCCUGGUCAGUCAAUGAUAUGUCAAGUAACAGUUUGGCUGCGGACAACCUCGAGCUCUUGCACAGCCUUAAAGAGAAUGGCUUCAAAAUAGACCCUAACUUUACGUUCAACGAUUUCGUAUCGUUUGACGACGAUGUGCAAGUGUGCCAGUUAAUGGAUGAUGAUGCGAUAAUUUUUGCAGUCACUGCCAAGGAACAAGCAAAAGAAGAGUCUGAAUCUGAGUUGGAGGAUGUGGGCGAGUCACUCCCCAUUGUUAUCACGAGGUCUAAGCUCGAGAUGACCAGUAGUAGCGCCAAAAUACACAGCGAUACUAAUAAAUGUGACUCUUUCAAUGAAAAUGCGUUGUUCUGUAGCCUACAAUUUCUACAGUCGCAUGUUCAAAAGAAGACGCCGGCUUGCCCUGAACUUUCUUCUGUUUUUCUCAAAUUACAUUGUCUCAUAGACGAAUCAUUGAUGAAGAUUAAGUCUGGUAUCACUGUUUGACAGUUUAUACAAGGUGAUUCAUGGAAACUUCCUAAUUUGAAAGCUUACUGAAAAAUAAUGAAGAUAUCCUGUCAAUAUAAAUUUCAUUGAAAAAGACAUCACCUGAAUUUUUAUAUCACUUAGUUUUAGACAUCGGGCAAAUGACGGCCCCUAUUGUCAAUGC